UUCGUUCAGUAUAGUGUGAGCAUUCUUAGCUGUCAGUUGUUUCUCUCAGUUGUUGUCUCUGGAAGCAUAUUACAUACAUAUAUAUAUAUAUUUAUAACUGUUCUCAUAUAUUGCAUAUUAGUGCAAGUGCAAUUUUGUGUUUUAUUCUUUAUCUCCAAUCUCUUGUGUGUUCUUUCUGUUAUACAGAUUUACACUAUACAACUAAAAAUUAUAUACAAACAAAAAAAAUAAACGGAUCCUAAAAAUUAUAUACAUAUACGAUUUUUUGUAUAUAAAAAAUAUAGCUUGACAUAAAAAAUCGGUCCUUUUUUUUUUUAAAAAAAGUGUCCCUGUGCUGAAUAACACAUUUUAUUUCUAACGGGAAUAUAUUGUGCAUAUGAAAUAAAAGCAAAGAGAGAAAAAAAAAACCGUUCCUAGUGCAAUUGUUUUUUUUGUUGUUUGUUCAAAACAUAGAAAAAAAAAAUCUAAGUAAUCUCCUGUGGUGAGAAUUUUGUAUAUUCAAAAAAUUCCCAUAUAACUGUUAAAUUUCCCAUCAAACACACACUUUUUUUUGACUCAAACUCAAAAACUUAACGAACUUGACAAAAAAAAAAAAAUAAAAAUGGCAGCUGAAGUAGCAACAAAUCAACAACAAAAUAUCGCCGCCGACGACAAAGCCGCUGCACCGCCAGCCGCUGCUGAAAAUAAAACAGAAGAAGCGGCAGCCGCAAAUAAUGUUGGCGAAGCUGCCGCUGCUAGCGACAAAGCAGCCACUGGCGAUGCUAGCGCCGCCAAUGCUGACGAAAAAACAGCAGCAGCGGGCGAGGGUGGUGACGGGGCGGCCGGUGAUGGUACCGCUACGACCCCAGCAGCCGAUGGCGAGGCCAAAAAAGAGGGCGAAAAUCACGAGAAUUCGGCCAACAAUACCACCGUGACGAAGACCGAAGCGCCACCAAAGUACAACGUCCAUAAGGCGAACUUUGAAAAGGAUGUAAUUUAUUUGUAUCAAUUUUCGCGUACUCCCUUGUUGCCAUCGCUAUCGCCGUAUUGUCUGAAAGUUGAGACAUGGUUGCGUUUGGCUGGAUUAAAAUAUGAGAAUGUCGAUCACAAAAUGCGCUUCCGUUCCAAAAAAGGACAAUUGCCAUUUAUUGAGUUGAAUGGCGAAGAAAUUGCCGACUCAGCCAUUAUUAUUAAAGAAUUAUCAGCUAAAUAUGAAAAGGAUCUUGAUGCCGCCCUCACAUUGGAACAACGCAACGUCUCAUAUGCAAUGAUUCAAAUGUUGGAAAAUCAUUUAAUUUGGAUUAUCUUUUACUGGCGUGCCAAAUAUCCUGAUAAUGUGCUCAAGGGUUACAAAGUUAAUUUGCAACAUGCUUUGGGUCUCAGAUGGCCAAAUUCGAUUUUGAAUUUCUUCUUUAAGAUAACAUUUGGCCGCAAGUGGUUCCAGGGUUCCAAAAAAUUGAAGGCCCAUGGCAUCGGUGUCCACAGUGCUGAGGAAAUUGAGGAAUUUGGCAAGAACGAUCUGAAAGUGUUGAGCGAUAUGUUGGCGUAUAAACCAUUUUUCUUUGGUGAUGAAAUUACUACAUUGGAUGUUGUUGCAUUUGCCGUCCUUUCACAAUUGCAUUAUCUAUCGAAGGAAAUUGCCUAUCCAUUGAGAGAUUUUAUGACCGAAAAGUGCCCGAAUUUGGUUGGACAUGUGUCUAGGAUGAAGGAGCGAUGCUUCCCCGAUUGGGAUGAGAUUUGCACCAAAUUGGACUUGAAUGCACAUCUGCCAAAGCCAGAACCUGAAGCCAAGGAAGGCAAGGAAGGUGAACAAGAAAAGUCAACAGAACAAGAUAAUGAAACAGAGAAAAUCGAGAAGGAAUUAGAAAAGGACAAGUCUGACGAAAAAGAGAAGGCGGAAGAAAACAAGGAAAAGGAGGAGGCUAAAUAAACAAACUCUACAUCCAACCAUCCCCCCGCAUAUAUAAACAUUCAGAGAGAAACAUAACUCACCCUUCUUUUUUAUAUAAAUAUUUAUAGAAGGCGAAACGAAUUUGUGUGCAAAUAUUAAGAUUUAAACAAGAAGAAGAAUGUAGUUUAUUAUAAGUUUAGUGGUAUAAUUUUCUUUUAUACCACUAAAUUUAAAUAAUUAUUAAUUUUUUUUUAAUUAAUAGAAGAACGGACAUGACAAGAUUGUUUUUUUUUUUUUUAAUUUUCGUAAUUUUAAAACAAAUUUCUUUUAAGAUUGUUAAUUAUACAAAAAAAAAAAACGUAAUAUUAUUUGCCUUAUUUUGUGUCUUGUGUUCUCUAAAUAUAUCACAGCUUAAAUAUAAAUUAAAUAAAAGAAAAUCUAAAUCAAAUUCAAACAAAAUAACUUGCUAAGAAAAAUAUAACAACUAACAUCAAAAACAACAACAACGUUUCGUUUAAUAUCAUUAAAUGUAAAUUGAGACAAGUAAAUAUAUAUAAAUUUAAGUAUCUUUAUAUAUUAAUACUAUGUAAGGUCGUUUUACUUUUUUUCUUUAUAUAAAUACAAAAAAUACAACAAAAAUAAAAUAA